AAGAAACAGUGAAAACAAAAUGUUUUUCUUCUGCGUAAACAAAAUGUAGCCACCAUCGCAAGAGGCCACCUCGACCCGGAACGAUUUCCCUUGUUGUAAUGCGUGGCCUCGGACUGCGGUCAGUCGCCGGUUCAAGGUUCGGUCAAUUUACAGCAGAACGAAUGAGUUCGCUCGGAAUCAAGGAUCAUCAAGGACUUGGCUGAAUAAAACAGUCACCAGCCGCGGAAAAAAACAUGCCGGAGACGGAGACAGCGGGAGUCGAGGGGAAAUCGGAGCUUGUUUUCUUCGUCAAUGGCAGAAAGGUUGUGGACCAGGAUGUUGACCCAGAGAUGACCCUAUUGACCUACCUCAGGACAAAAUUGCGCCUGACAGGAGCGAAGCUGGGCUGCGGGGAGGGAGGCUGUGGAGCCUGUACUGUCAUGGUGUCCAGGUACAGCCAGGCACAGGGGAAAGUGCUCCACCUUGCCGUGAACGCCUGCCUCGCUCCCAUCUGCUCCCUACACGGCGCGGCUGUCACCACAGUGGAGGGGAUCGGCAGCACCCGGACCAGACUGCACCCUGCACAGGAGAGACUAGCGAAGGCCCACGGGUCCCAGUGUGGGUUCUGCACCCCGGGGAUCGUCAUGUCCAUGUACACCUUACUGCGCAACCACCCCUGCCCAGACAUGGACCAGUUGGAGGCAGCCUUUCAGGGUAACCUGUGCAGGUGUACUGGCUACAGACCAAUCUUGGAGGGAUACAAGACUUUCACCAAGGAGUUCCAGGGCUGCUGUGGAGGCAUGGCUGGGAACGGCUGCUGCCGUAACAUUCAAAAUGGGCAGGCAGCCAAUGGGCACGCAGAGAAUGGGCAGGCAGCCAAUGGGCACGCAGAGAAUGGAGAGGCAGCCAAUGGGCAUGUGGCCAGUGGAAAUGCUGGGAAUGUCUCCACUGAGUUGUUCCGGGUGUCAGAGUUCAGGCCCCUUGACCCCACCCAGGAGCCAAUCUUCCCACCAGAGCUGAUGAAAUCUGCGGGUGGUGAUCAAACAACUCUGAAGUUUGUUGGAGAGCGAGUCACUUGGAUCAAACCUGCGACUUUCAAGGAGGUUCUGGAACUGAAGACAAAGUUUCCACAGGCCAAGCUGGUGGUCGGGAACUCAGAAGUUGGUGUUGAGGUGAAGUUUAAGAACUGUGAAUACCCCCUGAUCAUCGCACCUGCACACCUGCCUGAGAUCAACUUCCACAGGUACACCGAACACGGCAUCACAUUUGGAGCCGGAUGCACACUUACCUACCUCAAUGACACUCUGACAGAGGCCAUAGCUGAUCUUCCAGAACAUCAGACCAGACUGUUUGCUGCCAUAGUGGAGAUGCUGAGGUGGUUUGCUGGAUACCAGAUCAGGAAUGUUGGGUGCAUCGGAGGGAACAUUGUGACGGCCAGCCCUAUCUCUGACCUGAACCCCAUCUUCCUGUCAGCCGGCUGCACAGUGACGGUGGCGUCCCACCAGGGAGGCAGCCGAGUGGUCAGGAUGGACCACGACUUCUUCCCCGGCUACAGGAGGACCGCUCUUACUCCUCAGGAGGUCAUGGUGUCUUUGGACGUUCCUUUCACCAAGGAGAAUGAGUACUUCCUGGCGUACAAGCAGGCCCGGAGGAGGGACGAUGACAUCGCCAUCGUGAACGCCGCGUUCCGCGUCCGGUUUGAGGAGGGGACAAACGUUAUCCGUGACAUCGCGCUGUCCUUUGGAGGAAUGGCUCCCACCACCGUCAUGGCUUGCAACACAGCCAACAGGCUCACAGGACUGAAGUGGGACAACGAUCUUCUCCCCGAGGCCUGCUCGAGUCUGGAGGACGACAUGCCGCUGCCCCCGUCUGUCCCCGGAGGAAUGGCCGAGUUCCGCCGAACCCUCACCACCAGCUUCUUCUUCAAGUUCUUCCUGUCUGUUCAGCAGAGGCUAAACAUCAAGGAUGUCCCCCCGCCCUACAGGAGUGCCUGCAGCCUGUACCACAGAGAGCUGGCACACGGAUCACAGAUGUACCAGGAAGUUCCUGAAGGUCAGGCCCAGGAGGAUACUGUAGGGCGUCCCAUCAUGCACCUGUCAGCGCUGAAGCAUGCAACAGGAGAGGCCGUGUACACGGACGACAUGCCGCCCUUACAGGGUGAGCUCUAUGUUGGACUGGUGCUCAGCAAAAAGGUUCAUGCCAAAAUUCUCUCAUUUGACCCGAGUGCGGCCCUACAGAUGCCAGGUGUGGAGAUGUUUGUUGGUGCUGAAGACGUGCCCGGAUCCAACAUCACCGGAGUAGUGAUGGACGAAGAGGUGUUUGCCUCUGAGAAGGUGACCUGUGUUGGGCAGGAAGUUCCUGAAGGUCAGGCCCAGGAGGAUACUGUAGGGCGUCCCAUCAUGCACCUGUCAGCGCUGAAGCAUGCAACAGGAGAGGCCGUGUACACGGACGACAUGCCGCCCUUACAGGGUGAGCUCUAUGUUGGACUGGUGCUCAGCAAAAAGGUUCAUGCCAAAAUUCUCUCCAUUGACCCGAGUGCGGCCCUACAGAUGCCAGGUGUGGAGAUGUUUGUUGGUGCUGAGGACGUUCCCGGAUCCAACAUCACCGGAGUAGUGAUGGACGAAGAGGUGUUUGCCUCUGAGAAGGUGACCUGUGUUGGGCAGGUAGUAGGUGCCGUGCUGGCAGACACACAGGCACAUGCGCAACGGGCAGCUAAAGCAGUGGCCGUGCAGUAUGAGGACCUGGAACCCAAAAUCAUCACCAUUGAGGAUGCAAUUCUGCACCAGUCGUUCUUCCAUCCCAUCAACAAGAUAGAGAAGGGCAAUCUGGAGGAGGCUUUUGAGAAGGCUGACCAGAUGCUGGCAGCCAAGGCCCUGGGCGUCCCUGCAAACAGGGUGGUCUGCCGGGUGAAGAGGAUUGGUGGGGGAUUUGGAGGGAAGGAGACACGAAUAUGUGUUCUUAGUUCAGUCUGCGCUGUAGCAGCUCACAAGGCUCAGCGGCCAGUGAGGAUCAUGUUGGACAGAGAUGAGGAUAUGAUGAUGAUAGGAAAGAGGCAUCCUUUCCUCAGCAGAUACAAGGUUGGGUUCAUGAAUGACGGGAGAGUUGUGGCACUGGACAUCAGUCUGUACAGUAAUGCAGGGAACUCUCAAGAUGUGUCCAUAGGGGUUAUGAGACGAGCCUUGUUACACUCCGACGGCGGUUACACCAUUCCCAAUGUCCGGGCUGUUGGCUACGUCUGCAAGACAAACACGGUAUCCAACACAUCAUUCCGAGCAUUUGGAGUUCCGCAGGCACUUUUUAUGGCAGAGAGUUGGAUUUCUGACGUGGCUAUCAAGUGUGGCAUCUCACAAUUCAAGGUGCGAGAGGUGAACAUGAACAGGGAGGGAGACCUGACUCACUACAACAUGAAGCUGGAGCGGUGCCAGAUGGAGCGUUGCUGGCAGGAGUGUGUGAAGAAGAGUGACUUCCACACCAGGCGCAGACAGGUCAACAGGUUCAACGGGGAGAACAGGUGGAAGAAACGUGGCUUGGCAGCCAUCCCAAUCAAGUAUGGUAUCGGCUUUGGAUUACAUCUUGACCAGGCUGGUGCCCUGGUGCACGUGUACACAGACGGGUCCGUGCUGCUGACCCACGGUGGAACAGAGAUGGGGCAGGGUCUGCACACCAAGAUGGUGCAGGUGGCCAGCAGGGUGCUGAGGAUCCCCACCUCCAAAAUCCACAUCACCGAGAUGAGCACCAACACUGUGCCGAACGCCUCUGCUACUGCUGCCAGUGUCAGCUCUGAUAUCAACGGAAUGGCAAUCAAGCUUGCCUGUGAGACUAUCCUGCAGCGACUGGAGCCGUACAUGGGGAAGGGCUCCUGGGAGGACUGGGUGCGGGCGGCGUACUUCGACAGAGUCGGUCUGUCAGCAACUGGCUUCUACAGGACCCCAGGACUUGAUUAUGACAUGCAGAAGAACGAAGGGAGGCCGUUUAACUACCUCUGCUACGGAGCAGCCGUGUCAGAGGUCGAGAUUGACUGCCUCACUGGAGACCACACGGUUCUGCGCACAGACAUUGUGAUGGACGUGGGAGACAGCCUGAACCCUGCUAUAGACAUUGGACAGAUCGAGGGAGCGUUUGUGCAGGGCUACGGCCUGUUCACCAUGGAGGAGCAGGUCUACUCGCCUGAUGGGGUGCUGUACUCGCGAGGACCCGGCAUGUACAAAAUUCCCGGCUUUGCCGACAUCCCCGUCCAACUCAACGUGUCCCUGCUGAGAGGCGCGCCCAACGACAAGGCAAUCUUCUCAUCCAAGGCUGUAGGAGAGCCUCCACUCCUCCUGGCUUCGUCUGUCUUCUUCGCCAUCAAAGACGCCGUCUCCUCUGCCCGGGCGGACGCGGGGCUGAAGGGCACGUUCCGCCUGGACAGCCCCGCAACGGCCGAGCGCAUCCGCAUGGCCUGCCAGGACCAGUUUACUGCACAGUUCCCUGCAGCUGAACCUGGAAGCUUCACACCCUGGGCCAUCAGGCUUUAGGAGGCGCCAUCUGUGCAAAACUCAUGAAAAAGAACUUGCACAUGUUGCCGGCAGCAGCAACAGCAACACAACUCCUGGCUUCAUUCUUGCACCUUUGGUGCAUCGACUUCUGUACUUUUUGAACCCUUCAAUGCUUAAUAGAUGAAUGUCAAGCUUGGUAAGAAAUAAUUGUAAAAAGAGAAUGUUCCAAACAAGCUUGGACACUAGAGAUUAUUUUCUGUAAAUUUUAUGUAAUUGAGUGGUUAUUAUC